CUCCUCCUCCUCGCCCCGCCCCGCCACGACAAUGGCGACGGCGCUGGCGAGCCGCGUCGAGUCGUGGGCGCGGGACCAGGCGGCGCGGCUGCCCGCGUGGGCGCGGCCGAGGCCGCCCUCCGCCGCAGCGGCGGCGGUGCCGCGGUGGCCCUGGCCCUGGCCCUGGUCCUGGUCCUGGCCCCCGCCGCCCCGGGCGCCCGCGUGGCCGGGCGACCGGAGGCGCCAGCGGGAGCGCGCGUUCCGGGAGGAGUUCGAGCGCCGCCGCCGCCAGCUCCGCGAGCUCUGCCGCGCCGUCCGCGUCGACACCGUCGCCGAGCUCCAGGAGCUGCUCUGCGCCGUCGUCCUCGCCGAGUGCGUCUACAAGAGGCCUGUUUCUGAGAUGAUGAGAUAUAUUAAUAAGUUCAAAUCUGAUUUUGGUGGACACAUUGUGUCUCUUGAGCGUGUUCAGCCAUCCUUGGAUCAUGUAGGACAUAGGUAUGUGUUAGCAGAGGCUGGUGAUACAUUAUUUGCUACAUUUAUCGGUACAAAACAAUACAAAGAUAUUAUUGCUGAUGUGAAUAUACUCCAAGGAACCGUAUUUCAUGAGGAUACCGCACAGGAUUUGGCUGAUGCUGUUGAGUGUGUGCAAAAUGAUGACCAGAAGGGUGAAGAAAACCUCGGGACAUCUUAUCGAGAGAAAUCAAAACAGUUGAGAAAAUCAAAACCUGCUGCACACCGGGGUUUCUUAGCACGUGCCAAUGGAAUUCCUGCUCUGGAGCUAUACAAACUUGCUCAGAAAAAGAACAGGAAACUUGUUCUGUGCGGACAUUCGCUUGGUGGAGCGGUAGCUGCUUUGGCUACCCUUGCAAUAUUAAGAGUACUUGCAUCCUCAUCUCCAUCUAAAGAGCCUGACAGGCUUCAGGUGAAGUGUAUCACGUUUUCUCAGCCACCAGUUGGGAAUGCUGCACUGAGAGACUACGUUCAUCGAAGAGGAUGGCAAGAUUAUUUCAAAUCCUACUGUAUUCCAGAGGACUUGGUGCCACGUAUUUUAUCGCCGGCAUACUUUCACCACUAUAAUGCCCAAACACCUGAUAACACUAACGCAAAAUCUGAUGAAGAAAAGGACACAAAAUCUGUAUGUUCAAAAGAGAACAAUGGGGAGCAACUUGUUCUAGGUGUUGGUCCUGUUCAAAAGUCACUCUGGAGACUUUCAAAGCUUGUUCCUUUGGAAGGAGUGCGAAAAAGUUUAAGUGUGCUUCAGAAACAAACAAAUAGUUUUGGAAAGGCACCAUCACAGUUGGAUAAUUUCUUGCAAUCAAAGGUUGAUGAAUCAGAAGAGGGGCUGCAAUCUCUUGAGAUUCAAGAAGGUUCAGAAGGAAUUGCUCUUACCCCUUUAUCUGAUAAAGAUGGAGGGCUCACUGAAGAAAAUAACAAGACUGAUAAAACUAAUGUUUCUGAAGUUGGGGGUUCAAAACGGUGGAACAGAGUACCUUCUUUGCCUUCAUAUGUUCCAUUUGGUGAGCUAUACCUGUUGGGAGAUUCAUCAGUCAAUACACUUUCAGAUUCAGAGUACUCCAAGAUGACAUCGGUGCAGUCAGUUAUAACGGAAUUAAGAGAGCGUUUGCAAUCACACUCAAUGAAAUCUUAUAGGGCUCGCUUCCAGAAAAUAUAUGACAUCUGCAUGUCUGCAAAUGCCCAGCUUUUUACAGGCAUUGAACAAUUGCCACAAUUUUCACAUCUACAAGAACUACUCGGUCUAACAGCUGCUGAUUCUGUUGAACUUGGCCAUAUUGUGGAGCCUCCUACUAUUCGAACUGCCACUUCUAUUCUUCCUCUUGGAUGGAAUGGCUACCCUGGUGAUAAAAGUGCUGAACCCCUGAAAGUUGAUAUAAUUGGACAUGACCUGCAUAUGUGCACUCUUUUCCAGGCUCAGAUAAAUGGAAACUGGUAUUCAACAGUCAUUGAAACUCUACCAAUGGUGUCAUAUUCAUCAGAUCAGGAAGUGCAGCCUACAUUGCAAAAAAUGCGCAUUCUAGUUGGUCAGCCACUAAAGCAGCCUCCAAAUUAUAUCAGUGAAGAUUUUAUGGUUUCUGUGGCCACGGGUACAGGGUCAAAUCCAGAUUAUGGAUUUGACUCAUUGUUUGAAGAUAAAGGUUGUUGCAAGGGUUUGAAUGAAUUUCUUAUAUACGGUACAAGUGAUUUUGUAACUAUAUGUAAAGAGGUCUAUGUGAGGACCAGGAGGGUGCGAUUGCUUGGACUAGAGGGAGCAGGUAAAACUUCCUUGCUAAAAGCAUUGUUAGGACAAUUUAAAGAAAGAAGCAAAGCAGUUCUUGAGUGCAUACAUGUAGAUUUGCAUGGAAAAGGAGUUUCAAAUGGUUUGUGCUACGUAGAUUCGGCAACAGUGAACUUGCAGGAACUACCUUUAGAAGUUAGGCAGUUCAAAGAAGAAUUGCAGUUAGGGAUACAUGAUCUCAGCAGGAAGACUGACUUAGUUAUUGUUGUGCAUAACCUUGCUCAUCGAAUUCCUCAGUAUCACCAGUCCAACACUUCUCAACCACAGCCAGCGCUUUCACUUCUCUUGGAUGAAGCCAAGGCUCUUGGCAUUCCAUGGAUCCUUGCAAUAACUAAUAAAUUCUCCGUCAGUGCACAUGAACAGAACGCAUUGAUCACUUCAGCAAUGGAAGCUUAUCAAGCCUCUCCUGACAUGACUAAAGUUGUUAACUCUUCCCCAUUUCUAAUGCCAAGUGCCACAAAUAGUUUGCGCCCCAUCAGUUCAGCUAGUGGCAGUCUGAGGAACGAGAAUCCUUCAGGCAGAGCUGCUUUUUAUCCAGUAAACUUUUCACUCUCACCAUUUCAGAGGAAGGACAUUGUUAUGCAUGUUGAGGGUGUCACUGCCCUUCGUCAACUUGUACAUCAAGUAAUUCACAGCAAUGAAGAGCCAGCAUUUGAGGAGCUUUCUCGUGAGAGAUUGUCGCUGGAGCUGGAGAGAGAGAAAGCAGCAUCUCUGCAAGGGAAGCGGAAGCCCCAGAAGAGAGAUGGCUCUGUUACAGCUGCUGCCGUAGGUGCAUCACUUGGUGCCGGACUCGGGGUUGUAAUGGCUGUAAUAAUGGGAGCUGCGUCAGCUCUCCGGAAGCCAUGACUACUUCAUCGUUUUCUUUUCACCUAUUUAUAACUUACAAUAAUAGCGUAUAGUUAGCCCAUAUAUGCACCUGUAUGACUGAGGAAUGCCUGGAACAAGGCUCUAGUGUAGACCACAGAAAAGAGGUUAGUGCACCAUGUAUAUAUAGGUAGUCCAUAGCAUAGUGCCACAUUUGGCAGUGUAUAGAAUAGGUUAAUAUUAGCGAUUCAUCUUUGCUUAAGAUGGCGCUGUUAAGUACAGUCUUUGAUCUCUGUCAGACAAGCCAGUUUCAUCUUCAUUUGUAAUUCUUUAUUGAUGCUAAGGUUUCCUAUUGUCCUAGGACGUGUAAUGUCGUAGCGUGUGAACUCGCCCAAUUUUACACCACACGUUAACGGUGGAUUGGAAACCCAGAUUACUGUGGUGGCGCCACUAAUUUACUCCCAAAGGUUAAUGGGUUACUAGUGAACCCAGUGAUUGACUGUACA